GAGUUUUCAGUAUCGACUGCGAGAGAUAAAACGGAAUUUUAUUGUUACAACAAAAAAGUAGAUGCCGAUCAUUUGUUGAUCAUGCGUCUCCUUCGAUUCACAAACGAUAAUAAAAUUAAUAAAAUUAUCGCUGCGUAAGUGUAAAAAGUGCAAGUGCGGAAGUAUAAAGUGCCGAAGGAGUCGCUACACGUUGACGAUCAGCUGAUCGUGACAGUCGCCCAAUUGUUAACUGUGAUGAAUGAACGCGAGUGAUUCCGUCGCUUCGAUUUUAGGUUCGAAUUUAGAAGAAUCUUGGCAAGAGGGAAAGAUAAAAAAAACGCGGAGCAGCGCAUCCCGAAAGGAACGGAUGUUUAUUUUUAGAGGAGUACCACACCGCGACCUGUGACGACCCUGAUAUGUUUCACGUGACGCGGGUCAAGGCGCGGUAUUGUUAGAGGGUUAAUAUUUACAUCUCUCGAGAUGUCGAACUGACGCUCCGCGUGAUAUAUUUAUAACUGCAGACUUUUGAUCGCCCGAUGCGAUAAAUCUGGUAAGCGAUGGCCGCCAAAGUGUAUCAACCCGAUCAGGAGCUGGAAACGAAAGUUAAAAAAGCGACGGAGCGGAUAUCGGAGAACAUGCACAUCGUCGCGAACGAGCCGUCGCUCGCGUUUUACAGGCUGCAGGAACACGUGAGGAAGGCGCUGCCGCCGAUGGUGGAGAAGCGCGUGGAGGUGCUGGCGCUGCAGCAACAGCUGCUGGGCAGGUGCUACGACGUGGAGUACGCGGUCAGCGCGAUCCGUACGAUGCACGGCGCCGGGAAGAGCUUCGAGAAUACCCUGGAGUUCAUCAAGAACGCGAUAUUCUUCAAGCAGCAGCUCAAGUACGAGGAGCAGAGGCGGCACAAGAAGGACGGCAGCCGGGACUCCGUCUACAAGAGGCUGUCGGCGCACAUCCCGACGUUGGACCACCUGCCGGACGAGAUAUCCGACGUGGUGCGGGAAACGGCGAACCGCGUCGAGUCGAUGAUGAAUCACGCCCGACACUCGGGCGAGACGCAACGAUCGGCCGCCACGCACAAUUAGAAGGGACGGGGCGGAGGGACGCUCGGUUUUUCUGUGAUAACAGCUCGCUCGUCCGCGAGUUUUGUACGUGUAGAUUGCGACGCCGCGUAUAUAAUAUUAUUGAUAUAAUAAACAUGACAUAAACAUUUA